AUGGCCAGUACCACCGGAGGCUAUACCACCGGCGCCGGCCGCGACGAAACUGAACUGCGCCGGAGAAAUGUGACUAGCUAUGAAAAUGCCAAUGGACAACACAUCUACCAGGUGGAAGCGGAGGACACCAAGAAGCUUCAGAAGUCUCAGACCGGUAUCCUCCAAUUCCUCGAUGAGUGGGAGUGGGUGAUUGCCCCGAUCAUCUUCACAGCCUUUGCCCUGUUCACGAGGCUGUGGAGGAUAGGAUUGUCUCCCAUCGUGACUUGGGACGAAGCACAUUUCGGCAAGUUUGGGUCCCACUACCUCAAACGGGAAUUCUACUUCGAUGUUCAUCCUCCCCUGGGAAAGAUGCUAGUAGGCUUAUCGGGCUAUCUAGCUGGCUACAACGGGUCAUUUGAGUUCAAGUCUGGCGAGACAUACCCUGAGGGAGUGGACUACACCUUUAUGCGAAUCUUCAACGCCAUGUUUGGAGCCGUCACCAUUCCCCUGGCUUACUAUACCGCGAGAGAACUGAACUUCAAACGUCCCGCUGUGUGGCUGGUCACUCUCAUGGUUCUGUGCGAAAACUCCUACGCAACGAUCUCACGAUUCAUUCUGCUGGACUCCAUGCUGCUCUGCUUUACCUUUACUACUGUCCUCUGCUGGGCACGAUUCCACCGACUGCAGCACAAGAGCUUCUCCAUCGAGUGGUUUUUCUGGCUUAUCUUGACCGGGUUAAGCAUCGGAUGUGUCUGCAGCGUAAAAUGGGUCGGCCUUUUUGCGACCGCUUUGGUUGGGCUCUACACGGCAGAGGAUCUGUGGAACAAGUUUGGUGAUCUCAAGUUGCCUAAGACUGAACUGGCUGCCCAUGUUGUUGCGCGAGUGGUAGGGCUGAUCGUCAUUCCACUGCUUGUGUACAUGUUCUCGUUCUACCUCCAUUUCCUCAUCCUCGAGAACUCCGGCCCUGGCGAUGCCCAAAUGUCCUCGCUCUUCCAGGCGAACCUCCGUGGCACUGAGGUCGGCAAGGAUUCGCCUUUGGAAAUCGCCCUAGGCUCUAGAGUCACCAUCAAAAACAUGGGCUAUGGCGGGGGUCUGCUUCACUCCCACAUCCAGUCAUACCCUGAAGGCAGUGGGCAACAGCAAGUCACUUGCUACCACCACAAAGAUGCCAACAAUGAUUGGUUCUUUUGGCCCAACCGAAGCCAACCCGAGUUUGAUCCAGAAAGCCCGCUGAGCUUCGUCUCGGACAAACAAGUCAUUCGUCUUAUCCAUGCUCAAACCGGCCGAAACCUCCAUUCGCAUACCGUUGCAGCGCCAGUCACAAAGGCCGAUUGGGAAGUGUCUUGCUACGGCAAUACUACCGUCGGAGACGAGAAGGAUCAUUGGCAGGUUGAGGUGGUUAGCGAUGCCGCCUCGUCUGACCGUUCCCGAAUCCGCACUCUGACAACAGCCUUCAGGCUGCGACACGCCGACAUGGGCUGCUACCUACGAGCUGGAACUGUCAAUCUCCCUCAAUGGGGUUUCAAGCAGAUUGAAGUGACUUGCACCAAGGCCAACAAUCCUCGGGAUGUCUACACUCACUGGAACGUGGAAUCUCAUGUUAAUGACCGACUGCCCCCUGCCGACACGAAGAAUUUCCGGUCACCCUUCUUGAAAGAUUUCAUCCAUCUCAACGUUGCAAUGAUGACUUCCAACAAUGCCCUGGUCCCCGAUCCCGAUAAACAAGACGACCUGGCAUCACACUUUUGGCAAUGGCCCAUCCUGCAUGUAGGCCUUAGAAUGUGCUCUUGGGACGAUAAUAUCACCAAAUAUUUCUUACUUGGAAAUCCGAUGGUGUAUUGGGGCUCGACCGCGUCACUGGGCGUCGCAGGACUCAUUGUCCUGUGGUAUCUGAUCCGAUGGCAAAGAGGAUACAACGAGCUGAGCCCGGGCGACAUCGACCAAAUCCACUAUUCUGGCAUCUAUCCAGUGAUUGGCUGGUUCUUCCACUACUUGCCCUUUGUGAUCAUGGGGCGAGUCACUUACGUCCACCAUUACUAUCCAGCUCUCUACUUUGCGAUCUUGGUGGCAGGAUUUUGCGUCGACUGGACCACGCAGCGACUAAACAAGAAGGUACGAUGGAGCGUUUAUUUAGUCCUGUAUGCUGUGACCAUCGGGCUGUUUGUAUUAUUCAGCCCGAUCGUUUUCGGCAUGCAAGGAAGCAAUCGCCAAUACGCAUACCUUAGAUGGUUCGACCGAUGGAGGAUCUCGGACGCUCACAUGGGCGAGGAGUAA